AUGAAAUCAAUCAAGUUUGGUCCGAGUGUUACAGAUAUUAAUACAAAUACAAAGACAAUAAUGAGGACAUUGGCGAUUGUUACAGGUGCUUCAAGAGGCUUUGGCGCAAACAUAUGUAAGGAGUUGGCAAACAAGAUUGAGCAAGUUGACUUCUUGUUGUACGCUAGAUCUCAGAGUGGUCUAGAGUCGACACAAGCCAUCAUCAAGCAGAUCAAACCAUCAUCCGAUGUCAAGCUGUUUGCAACAGACUUUGCUCGAAUCACCGAGUUGGAGACUGUUUGGAGGAGUUCACUUGAUGCUGUUGAGGUGUCCAAAUAUGACAGAGUAUGGUUGUUCAACAACCAUGGUUCACUUGGAGGACUUGUCAGAGUUGAGGAGUAUGAUACAAAGGUAAAGACAUUGAACUGGGCACCAGGUAUCUUGGACACGGAUAUGCAGAAGGAGGUCAGAGAAAAGACACCAGAUCCCAACACCAGACAAUACUUUAUUGACUUGAAGGAGAACAACAAGUUGGUGGACCAAUGCUUUUCUGCUGGAAAGAUGAUCGAUACCCUUGUCGCCAACACAUUCAGCUCAGGUGACCACAUUGAUAUUUAUGAUAUCAUGAACAAA